AUGUUUCACAGGGUUUCAAUAGAAGCCUUGGUUCUCCUACUUCUCAUCAACUACUUGAACCAAAUCGAUGUUUCUUACGCACAAUAUUCGCAGUAUACGCACUCCAAUGACUCUCCCGACAGCUACCUCAGACCCCACAACGUAGCCCGAGCUGCGGUCAAAGUCAAGCCUCUAAGAUGGGACUUCCGUCUAGCCGCUGUGGCUCAGGAUUAUGCAAACCAACUAGCAACGGGUCCCUGCAGCCUGGAACAUUCCUCUGGACCUUAUGGAGAGAACCUUGCAUUGGGCAGUGGAGACAUGUCCGCGGCUCAGGCGGUUGCGAUGUGGAUAGAUGAGAAGUCGUAUUAUGAUUAUUACUCAAACUCGUGCCACGGUCCGGCUUGUGGACACUACACGCAGAUCGUGUGGCGUGGCUCAGCUUGGCUCGGUUGUGGUAAGGCCACGUGUGGUAAUGGUGCAAGCAUUGUUGUGUGUAACUAUGACCCUUCAGGCAAUUAUAUUGGAACUAAACCAUACUAA